UAACUAGAAGAAUGGCUUUAUUAAGUAAUUAUCUUCAAUCUACGUGGCCAAAGGUUAUUUUAGCUGGCGGUGUUGCUUUUAUUGGAUAUGCAAUCUAUUUUGAUCGCAAGCGACGACUCGAUCCUUGUUACAAGCAGAAAAUCAGACAAAAUCGUAAACGCAAACAAGAAGCUCUCAAUUCUAAUGUUUUUAGUGCAGAUUUUCCUGAUCCGAAAAAUCCACUUGAAAGCGAGGAAUUUUUUCUCAAGUCAAUUACUCUUGGUGAAGAACUUUUGCAAUCAGGAAACAUUGUGCAAGGAAUCUUUCAUCUUUCUAAUGCUGUUGUUACUUGUCGACAGUCUACUGAGCUAAUGACUAUUUUUCGCCAAUCAAUUCCUGCGGAGCAUUAUAUGUUGCUUAGCAAAUCUAUACCAGCAGCUAGAGAGCGUCAAAAAGCUGCUCUGGAGCGUCAGGGUUAUGGUCAAUCGAGUGUUCGAAUCGAGGAGGUUAAAUCAGAACCUACAUCAGAUGGUGCGGAAAAGAAAUUUUUUAUGCUGGAUGAUGAGGACCUUGAAUGA